AUGGAACAGCAUUCAGUCACAUGUACGAUCCUUUUUUUGUUCCUGACACAAUAUAUCCUCCACAUCGACACAUCAAGGCCUACGUUUCGGCCGACUAGGCUCGUAUCGUAUUCCUUGCCACAGAAACGAGCGUUCAAGAAGGCCCUGGGGUUCAACGAGGAUGUAUACUUAAACUUCACGGAACUUACCGACAAGUACGGGUAUCCCACUGAAGUACAUACAGUGACUACGGAAGAUGGAUACCUUUUGGAUGUGUUUCGAAUAUUACCAAAGUGCAGUGACUCGGCUAAAUCAUAUCCAGUGUUUUUGUUGCAUGGAAUCUUUGAUACGGCAGACUUGUGGGUGCUUACAGGAACAAAGACGGGUUUGGGCUACGUUCUAGCUAGCAACUGUUAUGACGUGUGGGCAGGGAACCACAGAGGCAACUUUUAUGGCAGAAGACAUGUUAAACUUGACCCCAACACAGAUCCAGAUUACUGGAACUACACGUUUGACGAACAUGGACGUUUCGAUGUACCAGCAAUUAUCGAUUACAUUCUUCGCUCUACUGGACAAUCCAAGUUAUUCUACGUUGGACAUUCUCAAGGUAGCACCAAUUACUUUGUUAUGGGUUCUUUGCGGCCAGAGUACAAUGAUAAGGUUAGGGUUGCCAUCAUGUUAGGUCCUGUCGCCUGGAUGAAGAAUUUUGAUAACCCUAUAGCUCGUUUAAUUGCACAGAAUUACGUCGCGAUAAAAGCCUUUGUGGACAAUGCAGGAUUAAAUGAGGUGUUCGGUAGAGAGCACCUCGUACAUUUUGUGGUUGAGUACUUAUGUGUGUUAGCUCCUAAUUUUUGCGAUUUAGGGCUUUCAUUAACAACUGGUUACAAGCAAGGAACCAUUCCCUUGAAAGAUAUAUCGGUGGCUAUGGCACAUUUGUUUAGUGGGACGUCAAUAAAGAAUUUGGCACAUUUUUCUCAGCUGAUUUUAAGUGGGAAUUUUCAACGGUAUGAUGAGGGUGUUGCUGGGAAUUUGGAGCGGUAUGGGUCUCGCAGACCCCCGCAAUAUAAUGUUUCUAGAAUAUCGUCACCGAUUGUACUAGUUAGUGCUGAAAGUGAUAUUUUAUCUAAGUUAAAAGAUGUCGAUAUUUUAGCGUCAAAGUUGCCGAAUUUAGUAGAAAAUUAUGUAGUGCCAGAAUCUUAUUGGAGUCAUCAUAAUCAUGUUUGGGGUUAUAACGCCCCUGAACUAGUUUAUGCGAAAAUAUUAGAUUAUUUUACUAAGUAUAAAGAUUAA